AUGUUUCUCUUUUAUAUCCUUUGGCAAUUGGUGAAGGAAGGAAAGUAUGUGUUAUUUGUUACCAGAGAACCUGCUAUAUACUUUGAUGGAAAUUCAACAUUUGAAUAUCCUCAAUAUCCUUUGUCUUCAGAUCAUCAAUUCUGGACAUUUGACUUAUGGUGCCUUGUUGAUUCAAAAGAUCCAACUAACAUUCCUGGAUUUCCUGUUGACGCCUGUUCUGUCAUUUUGUCAACUACCCCUCGAAGUGGUGUUCCUCGUCUUGUGCUGGAACAAACUGAACAAGAUCCAACAUCAAUUCUGAUUUCAGCUUGUAAACAAUGUGAACUGGAGGACUGUAUCAAGUUGGUUUCAAUUCAUUCUAAAUCACACCCAAAACAAAGAUUAUUCAAAAACUUGUUCAUCUUAAGUCAAGUCCACCUUAUAAAGAUGCAGAGUCUUCUUGGUUCUUGUGCUGGAAAUCCUCUUAUGCCAAAUUUUGGUGGUUUUCAAAUGACUGUUGGGAAAAAUCAUGACAUCAAGGGUGGAACAUCAUCUGAUUUGGAGAAACUAGGUCCUCAUGGUAACAAACUAUACUUUCUACUCCCACCUCUUCACUUUGAGUCAUUCACUAAGAAAACACCACAAACAAUCAAUCAGUUUGGAAUUCUUAUUCCCUAUCCUGAAAAAGUUCAAUAA